ACGGCCGCGAGAUCUUUUUCCUCACACGAGCUAGCAGUGGAUUUUACCUCACGGCCGGAGAUUAAACGACGCGAAUGCGCCUAUGUGCAUGAACGGGACACGGUCGACGCAGGAUGGUUCGGGAAACCAGACACCUCUGGGUGGGGAAUUUACCCGAACAUGUUCGCGAGGAGAAGAUUGUGGAGCAUUUUAAACGGUUUGGCCGUGUGGAGAGCGUCAAGGUCCUGCGCAAGCGCGGCUCUGAGGGCGGCGUCGCUGCCUUCGUGGAUUUCGUCGAUAUUAAAAGCGCUCAGAAGGCGCACAAUGCGGUCAACAAAAUGGGGGACAGGGACCUCCGCACCGACUACAACGAGCCGGGGUCCGUGCCAAGCGCCGUGCGGGGUCUGGAGGACGCGACCCCCUCCAGCAGUCACACAAGGGAGGUUGCGGGAUUCUCGAGGGCCACCGUGGGGCCGGUGUACGGGCCUCCGGUGUCUCUCCACACCAGAGAGGGGCGCUAUGAACGCAGACUAGACGGCAGCAGCUCGGACAGCCGUGAGCGGGCAUACGACCACAGCCCAUAUGGACACCAUGAGCGCAGCGCUUCCUUCGACCGGCCACGCCACUACAACGCAGAGUACUACCGGGACCGCUCUCUGUUUGCGUCUGGGGUCAGCUCCAGCCCGGCCGCUAGCACCAUCAGCAGUGGCUUCGACGCACCGGAGACUCACUUCGAGUCUCGCAUUCGUGACUCUUUCCCUCUCUCCAGUUCUGCUCGCCGUGACCCAUACCGGGACGACAGGGGGCGGCGGGCGGACCGGACCUACCAUCACCAUCGGCGGAGCCGAUCCUCACACUCCUCACAGUCGCGGCACCCAUCGCCCCAGCGGAGCACAGGGCAGACCCCGAAAGCUGCUCACUCACCCAAGAGAUCAGCCCUGUCCCCCAGCCGUGGCCCACCGUCACGCUCCCGCAGCCAGUCCUCCAGCUCCGACUCAGUCAGCAGCACCAGCAGCACCGGCAGUGGCAGCAGUGACUCCAACAGCAGCUCUAGUGAAGGGUCUCGAGCACGCUCAGUGCAGUCCACGGCGACACACGCUCCUCCGGCUAAUACUGCGCUAACACUGGACAACGACGAGCCGCGCAGGAGCUUCGGCAUCAGAGUUCAGAACCUGCCCACACGCUCCACAGACACCAGCCUGAAGGACGGGCUGUUCCAUGAGUUUAAGAAGUAUGGGAAGGUGACGUCGGUGCAGAUUCACGGUGCGUCGGAGGAGCGCUACGGCCUGGUGUUCUUCCGGCAGCAGGAGGACCAGGAGAAGGCGCUCAGCGUGUCCAAGGGGAAGCUGUUCUUCGGGAUGCUGAUCGAGGUCACGGCCUGGAACGGCCCUGAGACGGAGAGCGAGAACGAGUUUCGCCCCCUGGACGGACGCAUCGAUGAGUUCCACCCGAAGGCCACACGCACGCUGUUCAUCGGGAACCUGGAGAAGACCACCAACUACCAGCAGCUGCUCGACGUCUUCCAGCGCUUCGGCGAGAUCGUGGAUAUCGACAUCAAGCGGGUCAACGGCGUUCCCCAGUAUGCCUUCGUGCAGUACUCGGACAUCGCCAGUGUGUGCAAAGCCAUCAAGAAGAUGGACGGAGAGUAUCUGGGCACUAACAGACUGAAGCUGGGCUUUGGGAAGAGUAUGCCGACGGCGUGUGUGUGGUUGGAUGGUCUGACGUCUAAUAUCACAGAGCAGUACUUGACGCGACACUUCUGCCGCUACGGCCCCGUGGUGAAGGUGGUGUUCGACAGGCUGAAGGGGAUGGCGCUAGUCCUCUACAACAACACUGACUUCGCUCAAGCUGCCGUUCGAGAAACCAAAGGGUGGAAGAUCGGAGGAAACAAGAUUAAGGUUGAUUUUGCCAGUCAGGAGAGUCAGAUGGCCUUCUACCGCUCUAUGCAGGCGUCAGGGCAGGACAUCCGGGACUUCUAUGAUAUUCCAUCAGACAGGAGAGAUGAGAGGAGAACUCCAUAUCAUGACUUUCCAGCGGAGCGGGCAUACUACGAGAACGUAAGGACUCCCGGAAUUUACGCCGAUGACCCCCGUCGAGAAUAUGCUGGUCGAAGUCGUGAACGCUUCACAGAAUUGGAUCACUACCAAGGAGACCACUUCGAUCCCCGCUAUCACGAGGACCAUCGCGAAUACAGAGACUACAGGGACCCGUUUGAGGCCAUCACCAAGUACAGCUACAUCCAGCGGGAGCGAGAACGGGAGCGUGAGCGGGAGCGAUUCGAGGCGGAUCGGGGCCGAUGGAGCCCGUCUCAUCAGCGGAGGGCCUUAACUCCAUCUGCUUCACCUUCACCGUCUGAACGAGUGGCUCGAGAAGCUGAGAGACGAGUGUACAGACGUUCUUCUGAGAGAUCUGGAAGCUGCAGCUCGCUCUCGCCACCCCCGGCUCCCUUUGACAAACCUGAGAAAUCACCAGUGGAGUACAAAUCAGAAGGACUGGAGCGAGAUGUGGAGCCAAGCGAGGGCGAGCGAGUGAGCGGCGCAGAGAAGAAGAGAGGUCGACGCAAAGAGAAGGCAGAGCGAGAGAAAGGGGAGAAGGCCAAGCAGAGGAGAGGCAGAGCACAGUCUCCCAGCAUACCUCUGUCGGAGGCCGAGAAGGAGGCCAGUCUGGAUUUGAGUUCAGGGAAACUGAAAGUUUCAGAUGUAGAUAGCCUAGAAAGACAAAAGCAUAAAGCGGACAAAGAGAAAGAGUCAUCCCCUACAGACCAUGUGAUUCGCCUUGAGUCUCAAAAAGGAGAGCGACUUGAACAGAGUAAGAGUGAGUCUUUGGACAGGGACAGCAAAGGAAAGACUAAGAAACAUUUAAAAGCAGACUCUGGAAGUGAUGGCAGGGAUUCUCUUGUAGAUUCUGAUAGACUUGAAGCAAGAAAGAGGCGAUUUGGUGAUCCCAGCGGAAAAGCCAUUGUAGUAAAACGGGGGCGUCUAGAGGAGGAUGCUAGUUUUGGAAUAAUCCAAGCUGCUGACUUUGCCACAAGUAUGGGAUUUGCUAAAGAUCCAGAUAUAGACAUGAAAGCAGAGAAGGAGGCACAAAAAAGAGAACACUCCAAAUCUAGGAGUGGUUCUCAUUAUGGUCAAAGAGAAGAGCUGGACAGCAUGAGAGGGUCAUCUCUGGGCCCAUCAUCACGGCUAGCCGAGUUACCUGAGGUGGAUGUCUUAGACUCAAAGUCUCACCCUGGGCCAAGUGUAUCUAGGCGAUUUUCAAAUGACGAGAAGGAUGGUAAGCUAAGGGAUGAAUAUCUGGAAAACAUUGACCUUUCUCAGAGUUACCGCAAACAGAUGGAGCAGAACAGAAGGCUUCGGCAGCAGCUGAAGGUGCCCGAUAAACCAGGAAAGCCAGAAACUCCUCAAGGUGCAGAUGCAGAGGAUCUGGAGCACCGUAGCCUUGUGCAUGAGGUCGGCAAGCCUCCGCAGGAUGUAACUGAUAAUUCCCCACCAACUAAGACCAAGAAACAAGAGACCUUUGAAAUGGAAAUGAGUGCCAAGAGGGAAAGGAUUUAUCGAACUGUCCGGCAAAAGAGUGAAGACCCUGAGUGGAAUAACACUAGCUCUCCCAGGUUUCAGCAUGUCCUCCAGCAAAGAGAGGACGAAUAUGCAGACCCUCGUACUCAAGUGUGUUUGAGAGAAGUAAAAGAGUCUUUAAAACCUGAAGAUAAUGCUCAGUCAGAUCUGGAGCUUGCCAGUAAAAGGAUUCAAAUGCCACAGAUGUCAAAGAUGAGUACAUCUUUACAAGAUGAGCAGCAGAGGCGCUGGGAGAGUCGACUAAAGCAAGACUUGUUACCAGACGUUUUACGGAGUUCUGAAAAAAGACGUCUCAAUCGCAAGUACCUGGAUUAUGGACUCUGGCCUGAUUUAGAACCAGGUGAGGUACGUUCUGAUUCAGAAGAGGAUCGUGAGAAUAAACCCAGCUCUCCUGCACCAUCCACUUCUGUGUCCCUCUCUGAACGGCAUCGUCCUGACAGAUUGUCAGAGUCCAAGCUAACACUUUUAGAGAGAAACAAAUUCCGUUCCUUUGCAGAUGAUCAGACAAUCACACCAGAUACCAAGGCUUUGCUGGAGCGUGCAAAGUCUUUGUCAUCCUCAAGGGAAGACAACUGGUCAUUGCUUGAUUAUGAUUCACAUUUUGCCAGUUUCAGAAUUAGAAAGGACACGGAAAAGGUUGAGGUGACACCACGACCGACUCCCUCAUGGUACAUGAGAAAGAAGAAAAUGCGAAGCGAGUCUGAUGACAAAAUAGAAGAUCGGAAAGAAGACCCAAAACCUGAAGAACAGGAGAGAAGAGAAUUGUUUGCAUCACGUUUUUUGUAUAGUUCAAUUUUUGAGCAAGAUUCAAGGCGUCUCCAGCAUCUGGAAAGAAAGCAUGAAGACCCUGAACAUGGUGCUGGAUAUCCAUACUCUCAGCAAGGCCCAGCAGAUGGGCAGCCUGACCCAGAACCAGUUGUGCUUUUCCAUAGCCGCUUUUUGGAGCUAACAAGAUUACAGCAACAGAAGAAUAAAGAACAAAGCCACCCAGAUUCCAAACAAGAAGAAAGUAUAGAUGCAAACAGUAGAAAUAAAACACCAGAGCAAGAACAGGCAACACAGCAGCAAAAUUCUACAGAACAUAACAUCCAUCAAAGUGAGAUCAAAUCAAUCACUCCUGUUCAAGUUCUUCAGACUAGUCCUGUUACAGCUCCUCAAAUAUCACCACCUGUUUUAGUGGCCAAAGAAUCCCUGCCAUCUGUGGAAGCAGAAUGUGUAGAUACUCCUGCCUAUAAUUUGCUUGAUUCGUCUGUGAAAGAGGAAGAUAAAGAGCAUGAGCAGCCCUCAGUUCUCCCAUUACAGCCUUUGAUUGAGAAACCCUCAGAAUCUAGCUCUUCUGAAUGCCAAGAGUCUAAGAUCCCAGUAGAGGACAUUUCACUGAAAUCUGAUGAUUCUGAAAAUGCUCAUAACACCAAUAAAGAGGUUGCAGAGCAGCUCUCAAGGACUGAAACUCCAACCAGUAAUACAAAACCUGAAUCUGAGUCUUCGGUGAAAUGUCCUGAAUCUCCUAGCCCCCUCUCACAUGUACCUGCAGAACAAGAAAAAGAACCUCAGCCCGCUGUUGCUGAGGCUGAAUCUAACAAUACAGAGGGUCAGAAAUGUGCUGAUAAUAAUCCAGUUGAAGAAGCGGUGUCUCCACCUCCAAAGUCAAGAAGUAAGAAGACUAAAACCACACCUUCCACACCAGUCACCGCAACUCUGCCUGCUACUCCAGACAAGCAAAGCACUCGCAAAAGUGAGCGCAUUGACAAAGAAAAGAUGAAACGUUCAUCUUCUCCAAGGGGAGAGGCAUCCAAGCCCGUACCUGAUUCAAAGUCAUUAAGUAAGUCUCCUGUGCACAGUGUGGAGAUGGAGCAAGGUACAGAGCAAAACUCACCGCCAGGGAGGGCAAGACGUAGGAAUGUACGAUCUGUCUAUGCUACACCAAUUGAUGAUGAUUCUGCUUCACAAGCUACUAAAGAUGCUGAGUCACCUCGCGGUGCACGGAAACGUGGCGUAGACAGAGAUGUGGGUUCUGAUGUAGAGCCGGUUACUCGACCACACACCACGAAACGUGGACGCCCACCCAAGAAUCGACAACCGGCAGAGGAUGUACCAAUGGGAAAAAGUGAACGGUCAAAAUCAACUCUGUCAAAGGAGUUGGAUGGGAGCGAGAAAAGCAAUGAGGGAACAAUCAAAGUGGGUAAAGGCAAAUUUUCACCCCUCUCACAAAAAGGAGCCAAUUCAGGAAAUGUAUCAGUGUCUGGAAUUGGGAAAAAAGGGGACAACAUUGAGAAAAUAGCAGAAAGUUCUAAAGCAGUAACUGAGGAAAACUCUCUCGUUCUUAAAAACCUUAGAAUCAGGCUUGAUGUGACCGAGGUAAAGGCAAUUCUUCAAACCAGUGAAGAUGAGCCUGGAACUGAUGAUUCUCCCAAAAAGAGCUCACCGGGUGUAUCUUCGAAGAAUGAUGAGAUACUAGAAGCCAAACUUGAAAAUGAUGCUGUGAAUGAUGUUAAUAGUGAAAAGCAGGCUUUACCUGCUGCAACGCAAGCCAUGGAGCCACACAUCACUUCACGGUCCCGAGAGCUGGAGCUAGAGCAAGCUGUUGAGCAUAUUGCAAAGCUAACAGAAGAUGCUUCUCCUAUUCAAUUCAAAAGUAACUUGCCAAAGGCACAGCGCUCAUUGGCAACAGAACCAGAGCGUGACUCAGAAGAUGAAAAGCCUUCAAUUCCAUCUAAUGAAAAAGAGCUUGCUGAUGCUAUAGAUUCCAUUACUUCAGAAGACACCGCUUGUAGCCUGCCACAAGAGCAAAUUGUAAGUUCUGUUGUAGAUUCAGAUCCUGAUAUGCAGGCUCUUGAGUCUGGUUCAAAAGUAACUGAAGCUUGUGUGAGCGCAGCAGUUGUUCAGGAGGAGACCAUAGCCACUCCUAGAAAAGGAUGCAAAGGUAGAGCAAAAGCUCCAAAAAAGGGCAGAGGCCAAAAGGGUGCUGGAAGCAAAAAGGAACCUGUCAAAGAUACAGCUAUUGAUGCUGAAAAAAUUUGUGUAAAGUCACCUGAAUCAGUCCCUUCAGAUCUUCCAAUCAUCACUGAAAGAUCACCAGUCAGUAUAGCUGAUGCAAGUUUAACUAAUGCAGACAAACCAAACGAACCAGAGUCACCUCUUAAGACAGAGACUGAUGUCCCAAAAUCAUCUCUCGCUAUCAGCAAAAGCCCAACAUCAUCCAAAUACCAGCCUUAUACCGACAAAAAUACAUCUCCUGCUCUAUCUCCAACAAGAACUUGUCUCAAGAAUUUGUCUUCAUAUCCAAACAGGCCUUCUGUUUCUCCAACAGAUCGUUUAAAUCAGCAGAAAGAUGCUGGGGUCCUCUCACCUUUGCUGAGCUCUGCAGCCCCAAUGGAGAGCCCAAUCUUACACUCAGACACCCCUUUUCAUGAUGCCAGCUCAGGUGAUUUGUGUAAAGUCCUUCCAAAGCCUAGAACUGCCCCGGUGUUGGAAAUCGGCUCUACAUCUGGAAACAUUCAUGCUGUUUCUAUAAGGGACUUUAACGUUACACCAGAUGUGGUAACCAGCAAAAGUGCUCCACAAGAUAAUAGGCAAUCCUCUGUUUCAGCCCAACCUGUUGUUCGACAGCCUGCUUCUAUACCAUCUCCAGAGAUAAAACCGAUCUACAGUGAGAAGUCGGUGAUUUCAGUUAUUGCUUCCACUCCUACUUCUGUCAUCAGUCGAGUUUGCAAUCCCCUUGACUCGGAGGAGAAGCCAAAUACUCAAACUGGAAAUCCCUUUCUUGAGAAACAACCUCCCAAACAGAUUUACCAGCCAAGUUUGGAGGAAAGCAGUAUUUGUCAUGGUCCAACAGUUGGGGAGGAUGCUAGUCGCUAUAUUACAGAUAGCACACUUUUGAGCACAGGCUCCAGCACUGGACUCCGGGUUCAGACGUCAGAAGGUGUGGUGGUGCUGAGUCAUUCUGGCCAGAAGAUGGAGGGGCCACAGCGGAUAAGUGCCAAAAUCAGCCAGAUCCCACCAGCUAGUCCAAUGGACAUUGAGUCACAGCAACUGGUGUCCAUGCACCCAAUCAAGCAGGAACUUUACAGUGCUUCCUCUCAGCCACCAUCAACAAAAUACCCACUUGCAUCAGAGCAUGGACAUUCGAUAAAACCACAAUCCAAUAUUUCCACAAUAAAGCAAGAGUCUGCUCUAGACAAAUCUGAAUCUGUUUACUCUUCAGUUCAAAGCGGAGUAGUUAAAAUAUUGCAACAAACUCCGGGCACAUCACAAGUUAUGAGUUACCAUCCUGCAGAAUACCCCAUAGUAAUGAAGCACCCCAAGAAGGGAGAUAAUCCAGAGUCCCUUGGCAUGGAGGGUGGGAAACCUGCCUGGGUUCCAACUAUUAGUCCUACUUUAAGCCCACAUCUUCCCUCAGCAACCAGUAAUCAUGUAGGGUUCAUUACCGGCACAUCAAAGCAGGAACCAAGAUCACCCAGGAAGUCUGGUCACCCUCAUUCUCCUUUUGCCAAAGUGUCAUCUCCUAUUGGCUCUUCAUCUCCUAAAGGUGUGUCUAUGGUCCUUCCGCCUGGACUACCUCUGUCCCAGUACGUUUCCACUGUGCACCACUCUGAGCAGUCAGUGAUUAUGCCUCCACACAACGCUCACGGUAACAUUGGAAGGAUGUCGCCACACCGCGUCGGCCCAAUGGGACACAUUCCUCAGGGUGACGUGAGAGUGAAUACUCCUCCUCUAUCUAUGAUGAACUAUGCCAUUCACUCCGAGAGCCUGACCCCCUCCUGGGCUCCUGGCCAGCAGCGUCCUACAUCUCCCCAGGCUGUAGCUAACAGGGAAAUGGUCCUGAAAGUCAAUUCAGCCACUGCAAGAAGCCAUGAUGGAGGGGAAGAUGAGGCCAGACGUUUCCAUGCAGCUCAUGGAAGACCAACGGCGGCUCACCUGAAACCAGAAUCUAUACCAGCAGAAUAUCGCGGAGCUCUUCACAGCAGUUUACAGCUCGACCGAUUCAACAUGUCACAGAGAGACAUGAGAGUUCUUCUGCACCACCAGCAGAGCGACCGCCCUGCAGCAGAACUGCACCAGGGGCACCUGUCCGACACCCUGCCCGCCGCCUCCACACCCACCAGCAUGGCGGCAUCGCUUUCCCCUCGUCCACACCUGCUGGCGAAAGCCACGUCAGAGAAGGACCCCUUGAAGAUCUCUGAGCUGAAGAGACCUCUGUCUCCUCCGGGGAAGGAGGGUAUGCUGGCUAUCCGUACUGCAAUGCCACACAUGGCCUCACCUCAGAGAGUCCAGCUGCUGCCUGCAGGAGCAGGGCCGUCUUUCCCUGAAUAUCCAGCCAUGUACACAAACCUGCGGCCUGCCCAUGGUCAGUUUGUUGACAGUUCUCCAAUGGGGAUUAACCAGCCUGCGCUCAGCAUCACACCCACACAGGGUGUCCAGGAGCCAGAGUCCAGUCAGGCACAAGCUGAAACUAAAGCAGAGCUAACUUCACACCAGCCAGUGAACAUGGUGCAGCUUCUGACGAAAUACCCAAUUGUAUGGCAAGGCUUGCUGGCGCUGAAGAACGAUACGGCAGCGGUUCAGCUGCACUUCUUGUGUGGAAAUAAAGCUCUUGGUCUGCGUUCUCUGCCCCUGCCGGAGAGCGGAGGAAUCCUGCGCAUCGUCCAGAGAAUGCGUCUGGAGGCGCAGCAAUUGGAGGGAGUCGCUCGCAGGAUGACGGGUGAGAGUGAUUUCUGUCUGCUGCUGGCGAUGCCCUGCGGUCUGGACCAGGAGGAUGUGCUGAACCAGACACAGGCACUCAAAUCUGCCUUCAUUAAUUACCUGCAGGCCAAGCUGGCGGCGGGCAUCAUCAAUGUGCCCAACCCCGGCUCCAACCAGCCGGCGUUCGUCCUGCAGAUUUUCCCGCCGUGUGAGUUUUCGGAGAGUCACCUGUCCCGCCUGGCUCCAGAUCUGCUCAGCCAGAUCUCCAGCAUCUCCCCACACCUGAUGAUCGUCAUCACCUCCGUCUGAACCGUACCUGUGUGUGUGUGUGUGUGUGUGUGCGCGAGAGUGUGUGUGUGUUUUUAAUCGCAGCGGUGCCCGCAGACGCACUGAUCAUGGAGGACUGUACAUAUUUUAAAUAUUUAAAGGUUUGCGGCGGCCGGACGAGCAGAGACUGACUGAUGCUGAAUGAUGAACUGUAAAUACUGCGGCCGCUGCGUCAGGCGGCACUUCACACUUUCUUACUCAAAUAAACAAAAAUGACCAGAAAAAACAAA